GUAAAAUAACAGGGACUUCUGAAAUACACAUCAUUUUAACUGUGGAAAUCUCAAAAGCUUUUUCCUUUUUCUUUUCCAAAGAACAGGAGGGGAGUUGUACAUUAAUUCUGGACAUUCAAUUCUUGACAGAAUGAACAUCAUCCAUAUCUACCUGCUGCUGGGUCUAGCUGCAUUUGUUCUCCAAGUUGAUUCGCUUCAAGGUCUUCUAAAGACUGUUGUGUCCGUGUGGCCCCCAGGGUCAAAAGUCUACCUCGGAGAAUCUGUGCUGCUGAAGUGCACAGUUGAGUCAAACUCCACUGCUGAGUGGAGCUUUGAGUGGGACAAACCAAAAACUGUUCUGACCCUGAACCCCAGGCAUCUGGUCUCAAAUGACAGCUACUUCAUCACCGCUGUAACAAGGGAGGAUGCGGGCAGCUACAGGUGCAAAGCAGGACAAACAUCCAGCCAGCCGGUGGAGCUCAAUGUGUCAGAGCUGACCCCUCCCUCACUGAUUCUGACUCCCAGCAUGAGAUACAUCUUUAGUGGGGAGAGAUUCAGUAUGCAGUGCCCCUCAUCUCAGACGAACGCCAAAGGCUGGAAGCUGAGGCAUUACUCUCCAGACUGUACACGGAGGAGAAAAGCUGUCCAAGGGGACCAAUGUUCACCACUAGAGGGUGCUGUUGUCACAAACAGGACUGAUGCGUGUGUCUUCAAUGCUACCAUUGAGAACAGUGGGCUGUACUGGUGUGAGGGACCUGAGGGUCGCAGCAACUCAGUCAGGAUCUCAGCAAGCUAUGACAAUAUCAUCAUGAAGACUCCAGCCGUCCCUGUAUUUGAGGGGGAUAACGUAAUUUUGUACUGUCAGUACAAAACAACAGGCUACAACGACACAACCUUCUUCAAAAACGGAGCAGUUGUCUCUGUAAUGCCUUCGAGUCCAAACAAUGAGAUAAACAUGACUAUUGAGAACGUGACAAAGAAAGAUGAAGGUUCCUACAAGUGUGCAUCCCUGGCCCUAAAGAUGGAGAGUACAGAGAGCUGGUUAUCAGUGAGACCCAAGAGCAACACCCGAGGCUACUGGAAAUGGAUUAUCCUGUCCGUUGGACUUGUAUUUCUGUUUCUUAUUCCUCUAUCUGUCUGGCUUUUUUAUCGCCACAGAUACCAGAUGUUGGGUACUUGGAAACGUUGGCCAUUUUCCAAAGAAGACGUGCCAGCAGUGCCGGUUCCUGCAACUAAGCAGGAUGUGACGGAAGUGCAGUGGGACCUGUCGUGGAUGGAGAUGUCCAAUCUGUUGGAUAAGCAGAUAUACCCUGGAACUUAGAGUUUACACCAAGUUUAGUAUUUUCUGUAAGCUCCAGCAUAAGGUGAUCCCCUGUGGUAGUUCAGUCAAUAUAACGCCGCUAGCAUGAUGUAAGAACAGUUGUUUAGCUAUUGCCAGUCAUUUCAAAACAAACAGAACUUCCUUAGUGCCAAAUAAAUAUUAAUAGAGAGUGAUAAAGAGCCAAAAGCAUCUGUUUUGGCUUGUUUCUUAUUUGUAUAAGUCCACCAUAUGGUAUCGAAUUAUUAUUCCAGUAAUUUAAAUUUUACAGGUCUCUCACUUUAAAAUACUUUUAGAUGGUGUCAUUUUCUUUGUUGUAUUCUAUUCCAAAUUACCUUUUGUUUUCUACAACUCGUGUAUUGUUGAUUGUCUUAUGCCUGACUUUAAUGAUUUAAAGACGGAUAACAACUACAAAUGGAAACCAUAAAAUUAUCAUGGCUACUCUUUAGCCUAUGCUGCAUACAAAUAAUAGUCUAUUCUAUUUCAGCUGACUUAGUGAAAGUCAGGUUUAUAAUUUCACAAUCCCCUAGAGGCUCGUUUAUGCUCUGGAUUUGAAUGAUGCUCUUUUUUGUGGAGACCCAACAUCAUUAUGUGUCUGUCAGGAUAAUUACAAGAGCACGGCAUAUUGGAUGACUCAUCCUUGAAUAUGUAAUGGUUUUGUAAUUUGAAAGUACAUUGCUGGAAAAUACAUGUAUAUAUACUGUAUA